ACAAGGCAAAUUGAGCUAUUCUCUGGACUUCGUGUGUGUUUUGUAAGAUUGGUGCCCGUAUUGUUGUUUCUUCUGUCACCAAUAGAGCACAGCUCACCUUCGCCAGCAGUUUAUUUAUGUGUUAUUCAUACGUGUUUCUAUGGGAAGUGAGUGGAUAACAAGUGCAAGUGGUUUGCCUACAACAUUUUUUUGAAUUAUCACACGGCAUACCAAAAUUGUUAGUAAUGGAUCUUAAUGAGCUUGAUAGGGAAUGGUCCGAACUAUCGGACGAAUACAGAAGUUUGGAGAUGGUCAAUCAAUCUUAUUUGGAUUUACACGAACGCCUCGAGGAAAUGCAGGAAAAAUGCACGAAACAAAUUCAACAUCAGAGGUACCGCAUGCAGCAAAUUCGCAAAAACCUGAAAUUAUAUGUACGCAAGGAGCAGAUUACAGCGAGCGACAAAGAAAAAGCAUCCGGCUUGGAGAAAAAUAUAAUGAAACGGAAGGCACAGAUCCAUGAAAUCGAACAAGGGCUUCCCCAGCAGAAUAGCCGAUAUUUAAAAAUCAUCCUUGGAGAUGUAAAUGUUUCCAUAUUGAAUCGCAACGAUAAAGUCAGAUACAAGGACGAGUACGAAAAGUUCAAGCUAAUUUUAAAUGUGAUUGGAUUAUUGUUGUCGUUUCUAAACAUCAUCUUCAAUUUGAGGGCGUUGGAAUUAGUGUUUCUAUUUCUGUUGGUGUGGUAUUAUUGUACUCUUACAAUCAGAGAAUCAAUUUUGAAGGUUAACGGAUCAAGAAUCAAAGGAUGGUGGCGUUUGCAUCACUUCAUUUCGACUGUUUGCGCCGGUGUACUCCUAGUUUGGCCACAAGGCGAACCAUGGCAACUGUUUAGAACACAAUUCAUGUACUUUAACGUAUACAUUAGCUUAGUGCAAUAUAUGCAAUUCCGAUAUCAAAAAGGUGUCCUAUACCGUUUAAAAGCCCUAGGUGAAAGACACAACAUGGACAUAACUAUUGAAGGUUUCCACUCUUGGAUGUGGCGCGGUCUCAGCUUUUUGAUUCCAUUUUUGUUCGUGGGAUACGUAUUCCAGUUCUACAAUGCAUGGACUCUUUAUCAAUUGACUAAACAUCCGGAAGCCACUUGGCAGAUUCCCGUCUUGAGUGUGUUGUUUUUGAUACUGUUUGCUGGUAACAUGACAACCACCAUGUUGGUAAUACCACAAAAGCUUAAUGAACAUACGGAAACCCGAUAUCGACUUAUGAACUUGAUAGCAUCGAAGCGACAAAAGAUUGAUAAAAAGGGCGAUUCCAACGAACAACAACAAGCUGGUGUGAAUGAAUUUGUAAAAUCUGAAUAAAUCAUUUUCGUUACAGUUAAUUGUAUACCUUUAA